AUGGGUGAAAAUCCACCACCACCGGAAAGACUAUUAGGUGACUAUGGGAUGACAAAUGCACCGGGUGGCAGGAUAACAAUUGUGAACCAACCGGUGGAUAUGCCAAACUUUCAGCUAAAUGGUAAGUCCGUUGAGAAUUCUGAGAAUAAACAGGUGGAAGAGGAUGAGUUACUAGAAGUGGAUUUAGAAAUAAGAGAUCAUGAGAAAACACAAGAAGAGGUUAUUCUAUUACCAGUUGUGGAGGAAGAUGAGCAGAAAGGCCCUAAACCAACCAUCAGACUCCCAUAUACUCAAAGGACAAAGAAGAAGAAGAAGAAUGAGAAAAAUUUCGAGAAAUUCUUGGAGAUAUUCAAGAAACUUGAGAUUAACAUUUUGUUCGCUGAGGCCUUGGAGCAAAUGCCCUUAUACGACAAAUUCAUGAAAGACAUUGUCUCAAAGAAACGUUCCACCAACACUGAGCCUGUUUUGUUAACUGAAACCUAUAGUGCUAUUUUGCAGGGGAUGAAGAUACCAGUGAAUAAGAAAGACAAAGGAUCAGUUACUAUUCCUUGUACUAUAGGAAAUAGAACUUUCAAAAAGGAGCUUAUUGAUUUGAGGGUUAGUGUCAGUUUGAUGCCUUUAUCUAUUUACAAAAUAUUGGGAAUUGGAAAGAUUCAAGACACAGGGAUGACACUACAAUUUGUCGAUCACUCAAUUAAGCGACCUUAUGUAGUGGUGGAAGAUGUUAUAGUGAAGAUAGAAAAAUUUGUUUUCCCGGUAGACUUUGUGAUUCUUGAAAUGCCUGAAGAUGAAGAGAUUCCUCUCAUUUUAGGCAGACCAUUUCUAAAGACGGGAAGAUGUAUGAUAGACAUAGAAGAAGGAACGAUGACUCUAAACGUCUAUGAUGAAGAAUUGAAGAUUGAUGUCUGA